AUGGAAGAAUCUCGUCUGGAUACAAAUGAUAAAAUUAAUAAAAUUCAGGCAGUACUUAACAGCGACUAUGUUCAUGAUAUACGAUUCUUCAUCACUCAUGGAAGAACAAGUAAAUCAAUCGAUCAUCUUGUGGAACAUGUACUGACGGAAGAACUGGCAAACUGCACAGUGGGAUAUGUUACUGGACGUUCAGGUGACCGUAUCGAUCAACUACAAUUCCACUGUCGGCAUAGCGAAAUGAACACGUAUCCUUCCUCUGCUUAUUCGAAUUCUGUUUUCGAAUCUUAUUACGACAAUAGUGAAGUUCAAGUGCCACCACUUCAUCGUACUCCACACUGUGUUUAUACAGUCAGUGAAUGUGAAGAGCCGGUUCAAGUGGUGACUAUUGAUGCCUGUCCGAUUGUCAAAACACGAGUCGUUACAACAACACGCAAAGUGGUCUACACAUCGCCUUAUCAAAUUUUUAUCUGA